AUGCCUGAGUGGUUGUGUGAUACAGCGCUUGGGACACUCAUCCGAGCCUUGACGGGAGAUAGACUGCUCAAGUAUCCAGAGGAAAGGCCCGGCUUUCAACUUCCUCCGAAUCUCCGACAAGAUGAUCACCCGGAACACCUCGAUGAAAAGGCUCUGGAGACCGCAAAUGGAGGAACAUCACCAAGCGAAAUAUCGCUAGACAGACAGGCCGUUAAAGACCAGGAGAAAGGCCUUGUAGGAUGGUACUCCGACGACGAUCCUUCCAACCCACACAACUGGUCGAAAUGGAAGAAAUGGAACGUCGUUCUCCAACUCGGGCUCUACACAGUAACCACAUAUGGAUCCUCAAGCCUCUACGUGAGCAGUGAAGGGGGCAUGAUGCAAGAAUUCCACGUCGGCUAUACUCCCGCCGCCCUGGGCCUCGCCAUCAAUGUGAUUGGGUACGGCGUGGGACCACUGCUGUUCGGACCUCUCUCAGAGAUCCCUUACUUUGGUAAGAAUGGCGUGUAUAUCCCGACGUUCUUCAUCUUCACCAUUCUCUCCGUCGUCCUCUCGGUUGUCGACAACUAUGCGGGGCUUCUGGUUCUUCGGUUCCUUCAGGGGCUCUUCGCCUCGCCUGGACUGGCUUUUGGUGGAGCGUCGAUUGCGGACUUGUACGACUUGCUCUGGUUGCCUGUCUAUGUGUCAACGUGGACUGCUGCCGCUUUCUUCGGCCCAGCCUUGGGUCCGUUGCUUUCGGGGUAUGCGGUCAUGUUCAAGGGAUGGCGCUGGGGUCUCUGGGAAGCUGCCUGGAUGGGCGGACCAAUCUGGGUCCUGAUGUUCUUGACGUUGCCAGAGACCUCAGCUGAUACCGUCCUCCUCCAACGAGCGAAUAGGCUGCGAAAACUCACUGGUCGUCACGACCUAAAGUCUGCCAGUGAGAUCAAACAAGCUGAUAUGACGUUUUCGGGCGUCUUCUUCGAGGCGAUUGUCAAGCCUAUUGAGAUCAUGCUCAAGGAUCCGGCUAUCGCAUUUGCCGAUUUCUAUCUGGCCUUAUGCUACGGCAUAUACUACUCCUUCUUCGAAGCAUUCGCUCUCGUCUACCCGCCCAUCUACGGCUUCAAUCUGGGUGAAACAGGUGUCUCGUUCAUCUUUGUCGGCGUUGCGUGCAUCAUUGGCGUCUCCAUCUACAACAUCUACCAGAUCGUGUACCUCAUCCCCGAUGUCAAGAAAAAUGGUAUCCGCAGUCCAGAACACCGCCUCGUACCUGCCUUGUUCUCGUCCAUCGCGCUACCCAUGGGAUACUUUCUAUUCGGCUGGACAACCCGAAAAAGCGUCCACUGGAUCGUCAGCCUAAUCGGCGCAACCAUCGUGGUCCUCUCCAACUUCAUGGGGUUUCAAUGCCUCCUCAUCUACAUCCCCUUAUCGUACCCUCACUACGCAGCAUCGCUGUACGCAGGCAGUGAAGUGAUGAGGGCGCUGUUCGCUGCGGCUUGCGUUCUCUUUGCGAGACCUAUGUUCGUCAACAUUGGCAUCGGUCCUGGUUGCAGUAUCCUUGCGGGAGUUGCGGUUGGGUGUAUCUUUGGCGUCUUUGCGCUUUGGAAGUUUGGUGCUGCGUUGAGAGCUAGGAGUACUUUUGCUGCAUGA